AGACACUCUCGUGCCUCACAAAUGAGCUAGCAACACUUGAACAUUUGCCGCCCAAUAAUGUAGGAGUACUCAAAAUGUGGCCCUGCCCACGUUUGCCAAUCCCUCCGCUUCCACAACAAGGAAAAGUAUAGAAACCUAAAUACUUUUCUCUGUCUUUAUUUGUAGUUUUAAUGCUUUGGUUUGUCACUUCUCGUAUUCUGCUGAAGUCUAGCGCAACACCGCGUGCACACGGAGUCAGUCACCACUGGGGCGUUGGAUUCGUUUCUUGCACAUCGUCCAAUAUGUUAAAAAUGGGGAACUUUAUCGAAACUGAUUAACCGCGAUUAACUUGAUUGUUAUAACAAAGUGAUCAAACGACAGCUCUGCCGCGGUUUGUGUACUUCACUGAUAACAAAAGGCCGGUCGUCUUCAUUGAUCUGUGGGGUCAGAAUGGGGCAUCCUCCGCUGGAGUUCAGCGACUGUUACUCCGAUAGUCCCGAUUUCAGAGAAAGAUUGAAAUGCUACGAAAACGAGCUGGAAAGAACCAGCAAGUUCCUCAAGGAUGUUAUCAAGGACGGCAACAAUGUGAUCAACACCAUUAAAGAAUACUCGCUAGCUGUGCAGAAGUUUUCUCAGACUCUUCAGUCGUUCCAGUUCGAUUUCAUUGGUGACACUCUGACUGAUGACGAGAUGAACAUCGCUGAGUCAUUUCGUGAGUUUGCUGGUUUGCUGCAGGACGUGGAAGAGGGCAGAACGAUGCUGGUUCAGAAUGCCUGUGACUUGCUUAUCAAACCUUUGGAAAAGUUUAGGAAAGAACAGAUCGGAGUCACGAAAGACAGACGAAAGAAGUUUGAGAAGGAGAGCGAGCGGUAUUACUCUCAGCUGGACAAACAUGUGAAUCUGUCCUCCAAGAAAAAAGAGACGCAGCUACAGGAGGCGGAUGAACAGUUGGACAAGGAGCGUCAGGCGUUUUACGAGUCAUCUGUUGAAUAUGUCUACCAGAUCCAACAGGUUCAAGACAGAAAGAAGUUUGACGUUGUGGAGCCUGUAUUAGCGUUUCUGCAGAGCAUCCUCACGCUAAACAACCUGACAGUGGAGAUGACACAUGACUUCCUUCCUUAUAAACAGGAGCUUCAGCUCAGUCUGCAGAAUACCCGUAACAACUUUGAGAGCACCAGAGGGGAGAUGGAAGAGCUUAUGAAGAGGAUGAAACAGUCGUCUCAGAUCUGUAUUAGGCACGGCCAGCAGUCGACUAAGGAAGGAUACCUCUACGUGCAAGAGAAAUGGGCUUUGGGUGUAACCUGGGUGAAGUAUUACUGUAAAUACUUCAAGGACAACAAGACAUUGGUUAUGGUACCGAUGGAGCAAAAAACAGGAACCAAACAGACCACAAGUCAGCUAACACUGAAGUCCUGUGUACGCCGCAAAGCUGAUUCUAUUGAUAAACGCUUCUGUUUUGAAAUUGAGACACACGAAAGGUGCACCCCUGUCCUGCUCCAGGCUAUUUCUGAGGCCAACAGGAAGCAAUGGAUGGAGGCCAUGGAUGGGAAAGAACCAAUUUAUCAUUCUCCGAUUCAAAAGCAGGAAGAGAUGGAGUUGAAUGACCUGGGCUUCAAGUUCGUCAGAAAAUGCAUUAACUUUGUGGAAACAAAAGGGCUGACUCAGGAAGGGGUCUACAGGACUGUGGGCAGCAACACCCAAGUACAGAAACUUCUGAAUGCCUUCUUUGACCCGAAGUGUCCAGGUGAUGUAGAUUUCAAUUCGAAUGACUUGGACAUCAAGACCAUCACCAGUGCCUUGAAGUUCUAUUUGCGGAGUCUCAGUGAACCGCUCAUGACCUACGGUCUGCAUCGGGAACUGAUUUUAGCAGCAAAAUCAGAGAAUCUGGACUAUCGGUUAGGGGCGGUCCACUCUCUUGUUUACAAACUUCCAGAGCGGAACAGAGAUAUGCUGGAACUGCUAAUCAAACACCUGGUCAGCGUAUGCAGCCACAGCGGUGAAAAUCUGAUGACAGCGUCAAACAUGGGCGUAAUAUUUGGCCCCACUCUCAUGAGAGCGGAGGAGGAGACGGUGGCAGCCAUGUUGGAUAUAAAGUUCCAGAAUAUCGUCAUGGAGAUCCUCAUCGAGGACUACAGCAAGAUCUUCAGAGGUCCUCCAGAAGAAACCAUGCCGCCUCCUGUUCCGCCUCCGAGGGUGGCGCCUCGAAGACGGCAGCCAAUCACGAUCUCGAAACGCCCACCUCAUCUUUACCCUGCCCUUCAGCCUCCCAUUUUCGAGAGACGAGAACAAAACAGUGCCGCUCAUAACGGCGGGGAACCCGAUGGAGAUACCAGCCUCACCAACCCAAUUCCUCAUCAGAGAACCAAACUGGUACCUCCUUCCGUCUCUCCUCCAUCAGUCCCACUCUCUCCAACAUCUUGGAAGCCCAAACCUGCUCUACGGCCCUUGGAUUGUGACGUUUCCAAACUAGACGUCAGGAUACAAGAGAGUCCGAGGCAGGACGGUGCGGCGACGACCAACGGGGAAUCGGGCGCGACGGUGAACCGGGCUCAGUCUUUCCAGGGUAGGAGGCCGCAGCUAAAAGUGACAACCGGUAACCAAGUAACAGGAGAGGCUCAGGGGCUAAAGGGAAGAUCUUUCUCAGAGAAGAGUUCCAUCUGCCGGCCACCCACUCGACCGCCAGACCCGCCCAACCGAUUCCCCGUGAAACCUCAGAAUGAAGAGUCAACGGCCUCGUAUGUCGCCUCCAAAACCAAAUUUUUUGAGAACGCUUCCAGGCAGAUGGGAAGCUCCAGUCCAAUUUCUUCUGGUAACUCCUCACCUGCAGCCUCCAGAGACGAGAACACUAAAUAAGAAAUAACUUCCAGUCAAUCGACUUGUGGACCAAUUAGCACACAGCUGCGGUCAAGAGACUCUGUGUGUGCGUGUGUGUGUAGACCCUGGUAUGAGAUAAAUUAUUAAUGUUACUGACAAAGAAUCAAUGUACCGCCCCUCAAGUUUGGUUAUUGUGAAUGAAUUUGAAAGGGUACCAUUUUGUACUCUUCGCCACAUUCCGCCCUCGCUUACUUUGUAAAACCGUCUUUGAUCCUUACCUCGGUUCAGAGAACAAACACAAAGCAUUUUAAACAGUUUGACCUCCCUGCGAACAAUGGCCAUACUUCCUCCCUUUUGCUCUCUUGUUGUUCCUUUCGGUAUCUCAAUUUUUAUGAGUUUACGUUCUCGCUCCUUCACACAUGUAUGUUGGCACUACAGAAUUCACUUUAAGAAAGACUGAAGGUGGAUCCGCCCUGAAUGUAUUAUAUAAUAUUCAGAAUCAACACUAAUCAGUGUUUAAUUACGCAGAAUGUGAACACGGAUCUAUUAAUUAUCUGUUAUUAUCUCAGUAAUUAGUAACUGGAAGGAGAUGAAUGACCCGGGCUCGGAUUCUAAAUGUUUUUGACAAGAAAAGUAGUUACGGUAAUUGCAAAGUGUUUCUCCUUUCAUCUAGUGGUACACGCCUGUGGUGUUCCUCCAGCAAACCAGAGAGAGGAGCUUUCAUUACUCGACUACUUAUUCUUUUCAAUAGGCUUCGCCAUCCCUCACUUUAUUUUUUAAAUUAUCGGUCAACCUUACUGAUAAGAGAACUCGUUCUUUAUUUAGCUGAACUGGACCUUUUAGAACGAAAGGUCCUUUUAUUCCGGAUGUUUACUUUGGUCAAUGUGAAUAUUAAAUGUAUGUGAAGGUGAAAAUGAAAGAAUAUCUAUAUGUUGAUAAAGUUGGAAUUUUAGAAUGGUACGCAGGUUGGCAGGAGCUCAGUUUUACAUUCGAAGCAGAUUGUGGUGCUUUCCUACGUAAUAAUGUUACAGUGUAAUUUCCAUGUUUUACGUUUACUCUGUCGAUGAAUGUAAUUGUACAUAUUUUAUUGUGUGUCUUUAUACCUAACUUUCGUAACAGUCACUAAACCCUGUUUUGUGUUUGAAUAUACUGCUGCAAAAACAUGCAACCUUUAAAAAAACUUGUGUUGUGUUUUCUUGUGACGGUGAGCCGUGACAAUGAAAUAGCCACGAGCUAAUCCUCAAUAAACGAUUGGCAGAAACUUCUGGAAUCCAUUUAAAUUAAAACAGCUGUGCACCACUCCAAACUCAACACUGCACAGAUUCAUUCGCUUUUAAGAAACUACUUGCUCUCCACAGAACCACUUCAAACAUUAAUGUUACCGUCAUAUUGUUUAUGUCGUCGCAGAUCAGGCAUCGCACGAGACAGGCACAAACGCUGCAGGAGAACGGUUUGAUUUUGAAAUGUUUUUAUUUAAUUGAAAGCGGAAAAACACAAACAAGCCCGAUUUACAACAAGCUCUAAACAACGAGAGCCAGAGACACGAAAGCAUCUGAAAAGCGAUUAUCCAUGAGUAGAAAUCAGUUUGCAAACUGCUCAAAAUAAAACGUCAGUUAAUAACUGUCAAUACGACACUACACAGCAGUACUUAAUACUCUGCAAAAAAAGCGUGCAUGCACACACCCACCCACUCACACGUACUGUACACACGACUGCUGUAAAAAAGACUAUAAAGUUACAAAGAUUUAAGUAACAAACAUCGUUUAAGAAGCCAGAAUUUCCUUCUAUAUAUAAAGCCAAACUUGAUCCAGCUCCUCCAUCUCCAUAUGGAAAGACGAACGUAUAAAAGCUGUAAAAAGACAUUCGCUAAUGAUUAAUUAGUAAUUGUUUGUAUCAGCCAGCAAAAAAGUAAAAAAACAAAGCAGUUACAUACAUUGGAGUCGUGUAUGGUUUACAAAGCUAGGAAAUAGCUCCAGCUUUCAUGUUUACAUGAAACAGGGUGCUCGUUAGCACGAUUAGCGUCCGACUGUAAACCAGUGUGGUGCUCUCGUUUCAGUACGUCGAUUUAAUGCAACUCGUUGAACUUGUGUCAAAAAUAUCUCAGUAGAUACACCUUGCAAAAAGUUCAGCAUAAAAGCCAAAUUACUCUCCUCAUUGCCAGGAAAAAAUAUAUAUGAGGGAGAAAUCAUUUGGUAAAAUAUUUCCCUAGUGCACUACCACAAGGCCCAUUUAUAACUGCAGGAAACAUCGUGGUGACAUGCAGACUGUUAUUAAGGCUCUUCUGUUUUAUAUGAGAGCAAACCUUUGUGAUUAACAUCCAACACAGGCCAAAUUCGAUAGAAAACAUUUUGUCAAACGACAGUGUAAUUAUUGCUUUCUUUUGUCCCAUUCCAUUAGAACUCUGGGAAGUCGUGAGUUUAUUUAGGAUGGCGAUGCAGAGAUGAUUUACAAGAAAGGAAAGCGUAUAAACACACACACACACACACACACACACACACACACACACACACACACACAAAGGCUUUUGUAAUUGGCGACCACAUUGCACACAGUAACAGUAACUCUUAAAGCGGAGAUCUGAAACCAUUUAAGACUUUAAUUGAAAACCAACACACACAAAAGUUCUACAUCAUAGCUCAUAAGAGAUGUGUUAAGAAAGUCACAAUGUAAAUCAGCUUACGGACCAUCCAAGCACAAGUCAGUUCAUGAGCGCGACGUGAGCCAAAUGAGGUGUUACAUCUGAGUAACUUUCCACUGUAAACAGACGAGUGUAAGACAGAGAGAGCACAUAUCGCUCUGAAAGCCGAAUAUAACGUUAGCGGGACGGCAGCGUUCGCAUGCAUGUAUUCUCCUGCACGUCGUCGUCGUCGUCGCUGUUAAUUAAAAUCCAAACCCGUCUAAUGAAUGUCUGGAUGAUCAAACGCGUUUGGCUGUAUCCUAAAGUGCUACAUAUUUGCGGUGGAAGUCAUGAGCUCUUUUUUGGCAGGGUAAAAGUGCAGUUUGGAGUUCUGCAAAUUCUAAUGAGUGCUUUCGGGCCGUCUAAAUGGGUAAACACCUGCGUGUAAUUGCGCGGUGCUUGGUGCUGUCAGAGCAGAGGAGCCGUUUCUGACAGCCUAUUCUCUGCCUGGCACAUUUAAACCGUCAACGCGCUCCGAGAGCUAGCGGCAGCUCAACCCCAUCUCGUCGUUUUAAGUCGGCGGAAAACUCCCUGCUCUGUCGAAAGUACACCCCAGGUCACGCCGGGCCUGACAAAGACAACGCGUCGCCGAGACUUCCGGGCUCUUUAAAGAGUAAUCUACAUACAUAACGCUGCAUGCGUUAUUCAAUCAUUUAGAAACCGAGCGCGCGCUUGGACAAAGAAGGUGACACGGCGUCUAGAAAAAUAUGCGCGGUUAGCCGAGUAUGAGGAAAGCGAGUAAAUAUGUUCCGUUCUGACACAUAAAAAGAGAGAAUGCUUUAAUUGAAGCAAAAGCGCGUAGCUACACAGUAAAAACACACACGUCUCGUUUGUUUUUUUGACGUUUGUCUCAUUCAACGCCCGAGUUAGCACCACGCGCCGCGCCGUCUCGCGACAGUUGAUGGUGAUUACGUUUGGUAAAAGCGAUUAUUUAUCGGUUAAAAUAACAGUACUAUCCUGUGUUAGCACAAACGUCUUUUUUUUCAGAUUUUUUAAUAUAUCGGUUUAAGGUUGUGCGCCAUUUUAAGCGUGUUUUGGUAUCACAAAACAGCUUGUAAAAGAGUGUGUUAAGCAUGGGAUUACUUAUUGCUAGCGCAGAGAAAUACAAAUCCCUCAGUGGCACUUACUAGAGAGGAAAGAGAGGAAACUGUACUGUAAAACUAUUGACUACAUUAGCACAUAGAAAGGUUGAUAAGAACCACGCUUAACUUUUACAUGUAUAUACAAGAACAUUACCUUGCCAAAUCUUCCAUUAAGGAAAGAGAGAGAGAGUAACUUCAUAAGAGCCUUAUGGGAAACAGCCCCGUUUCCUAACAAUAUCCAUUACUGGAAAUGCAGUUUGGUUUGUUAUAAUAUCUAGGGCUUUAGCAUGCAAUUAUUUGUUUGUUGUUUUGAUGUAAUGGAUAUGAAGACCGCAUGCAUAUACGUAGCCUAUAUACAUAUAUAUAUAUAUAUAUAUAGUUGAACAUAUUCUAUGCUGACCCAAGCUUUGCUGUAUUUCUGUUGUAUAUACACAGAUCUUUAAACUGGCAAUAUUAUACCCAAAAACUUGCAGUUAAAUAUUCAGGUUUUUAAAAAAGGGCAUUAAAAAAGACCAGGCCCUGGCUUAACAAAAGUCUAAAGAAGGCAAAUUCUUGUGUUACAACUGAUUUGACACAUUUAA